ACCGGCAUUAGUGCGACGGCUGCAUAAUAACUUUAACCCAGACAAAUAAUAGUUAUAAGGAUGUAGGGUAAUGAUAAAGUGUAGAUAUCUGAUUUGCAUAAAGGCACACCAUUAAUGGAAAAAUUGUGAUUAUAGUUGAUAUUCUUCUAUAAAUUUGUUACAAAAAGGCAAAACGAGGGUUUGAUUAUGGCUACAUCAUGGAGACGAGUUUGGAUAAUUGCGCUUCUAUCUAGCGUUGUGUAUCAACAUGCAUACGCAAGUGGACAAUUCUAUGGUGGAUCAAUGAGUUAUAAACUAGAACAACAAGCUGAUGGUAGCUCCUUGGUCAUCAUUGAACUCAUAACUGGAUGGGUACUCGGGAAAGGGCCAUGCGGAGCAGCGUGUAGCAGAACUGACAUUGGUAGAUCAACACGCUCAACAAGACAAAUGCUCUUAUCAUCAGGAUACCUCGGCCACUUUACAUUAGAGCAAAAGAAGGCAGAUCAUUAUUCGAUAGAAACAAGAGAUAUAGAUGCGGACGUGAACAAGACAUACAAUGAAACAGUCAUUGACGUUGAUGAGUAUUCACAAUGGGAGCAGGAAAAAAUGCAUUUUAGCGUUCUUAUGGAGAAGGAUAAACGAGAAAUAGAUAUCAUUUUUGAAGGACAGUCUUGGCGUGAUGUCUCAUUUCAAUCAUCUAAUAAUAGCGUGAGUUGGCAUUUCCAAACCAAGAUAGUAUCUUAUAUUCGAAGUGAUACGAACAAAACAAACAGCAGUCCAAGAUCUCUAAGUAGACCCAUUUACAGGAUAGCACUAGACAGGGUAUCGACUUUUUACAUCCCAGUAGUGGAUGCAGAGGGAGAUUUCAUCAAAUGUGAGCUAGCAAGAAAUAUAGAAGCUGGAAUAAUAUCUGCGAACCCGCCAAGAAACGUAAUUGUUUAUGAGAACUGCACAAUUUCUAUCAACGCAUCACAAGCUGGAGGAUACGCCGACAACAGUUGGAUUGCAGUAGCAGUCAGUGUCCGUGAUUACAACAGAAGGGAUAUAUCUUACGGUUCAGGUGUAUUUCUUGCCGGAAAAUUUUCACUUAGUACAACCUCAGUUCAGUUUACUGUGCAAGUGUUGCAAAAUCUAGCGGUCCCUGAAUUUGUGGAACCGACUUUGGAAAGCGGACAUACAUUUAUUAUAUAUGCGGGCUCAGCAUGGUCGACAGAAAUAUACGCAAAGGCAUCAGCGAAUACUACAAUUGAUAAGUUUAAAGCCUUUGGACUGCAAACGGAAACAAUUAUAUUACAAAACAUUCAGCAAGAUCUUAAGCGGCCCCGAAUUAGUUCUACAACAAUGUCGUGGAAACCCUCCAACGCUGAUAAAGGAGAUCAUGUUUUAUGUGUUAGUGUCAGUGAUAACACAGGUGUUGAAUCUGAAGAAGACAGGUGUUUUACGAUAAAUGUUCGAAAUGACGUUUUCCACUAUUCUUCUAGUAAUGCGCAGGGGCUGCCAUAUUUCGUUGAUAUACCAUCGCCUGGCCAGAUGGUUAACUGCCCAAUUCAUUCUACAUGUCUUAUAGCUUUGUACGUCGUUUCAGCUAUGAAUUUAACAGACAUACGGGUGACUGUCAGCUAUUUAGACAUGUGUAGUGUUGGUAAAAUACAGACUCUAACACAUAAAGGUCAGCAAGUAUACAAAGCAGAUAUAAUGUUUGAAUCUUCAACUUUUGGAGACAAGAAGAUGUGCUUUGUAGCAAAAGAUGUCAAGGGAACUGAAAGUGAAAACGUUUGCAUCACUGGUCACCUAUAUCGUCCAGAUGUAUGCAUGUCUGCCCCAUGUAAAAACAGCGGUGCCUGUGCGACUGACAUUAAGACUGCAGAUUUUAAAUGCACUUGUAAACCACUAACAUACGGCAAAACAUGUGAAAACAUUAUAGACCUAUGUGAUCCAGAUCCAUGUGUAAAUGAACAUUCGUAUACUUGUUACAAGGGGCUAUGUUAUUGUAAACCUGGAUUUAGUGGGAGAGGAUGCGAAACAAAUAUAAAUGACUGCCCUCUAAGUGCUUGUAAUGAUCAUGGAAUGUGUAAAGACGGUGUUGGAAAUUAUACUUGCGAAUGUUUCGGACGUUAUGCUGGAGUUAACUGUACGAUAGAUAAAUGUCCAACACAAAGUCCAAAGUCUGUGAGGUGCCUCGAAGCCGGAUGUACAAACCACUCGUGUAAUGGGCGUGGUCUGUGCUCCGCUGAAGGACAUUGUACGUGCCCUUAUGGAUAUUAUGGACAUCAAUGUCAGACACCAAAGUGUGACAUAACCUCGGUUUUUGUAGGGAUAAUUUCACCUACAGUCAAAGAUGGAAGUAGACUUAUUUGUCACUCAGAAAGCGGCUUGAUAUCACAGUGUUCUUUGCGUGUUUACGUCACUGGUAAAUUAAGUUCUGUACCAACCAUUGACAUAGAAACAUCCAGACAAUUGCGAAGCAUCACCACUGUAGGACAAGCGAAAAAAUCAUCAGUCCUUCCAGGAAUUGAUUCUGUUUAUACAACAGAUGUUUCAAUCAGUGGACAACUUAACAGUACAGAGUCCCAGCAUGUCUGUGUUGUCGCGACUUAUACAUCAUCAACAUCGAGUGUUUGCUACAAUAUCAGUAUUGUUACCAAUUAUUCAACACGUCAAGAAAAUGCACAAAUAAAAUUUCUUGAACCAACAAUGAAAGAUCACAGCGAAAUAAUAUGUACUACUUGGGAGAGAUGUCAAAUUUUAUUGUACACAUCUAUUGCAUCAAACAGGACCUCUUGCAAUGCAGCGAAUAUUGGGCCUCGAACUGGCUUUGUUAAUGGAAGAUGUGGCAUUGAUGACAGAGAUAAUGACGAAAAUGACAUAGAUUUGGCUGCAAAAGCUGCUUCCCCUUGCUGUGAAGAUGUAAUCUCGCCAUCAGCUGAAGUCAAUGUAUUCCCCGCCCAUCCACGAGGACCAAGUUGUGUAACGGAAACCUCAGUCAUAUUUGAUAGCGUCGGAAAAAAAGAAAUUUGCUUCCAGUCAGCUCCAUUAGAAUACCAGCAACUAUGUUACACAGUUCUAGUGUAUGCUAAUGACAAACAAGAUCCCUGUUCAAGCUCCCCAUGUCUGAACAAUGGGCAUUGUUUCCGCACAGAUCAAGAUAACUAUAAGUGCGUUUGUCAAGACAAUUAUGUGGGUGAUAAUUGUCAAACAGACAAAGUGAAAAAUAGCACAGAUAUUACAUGUUUUUCGUGUAAGGACCUCGUUGACCCAUCAUUCUGCGACUCUAUUGAACGCUGUCACAGCAACCAGGUAUGUUUUGUCGAGAGCAAUACCUUGGAUAAUAAUAAAAUACACUACACGUCUGGAUGCAAAGAUAAACAGAUAUGUAAUCAACAAUCGACCAAUGGAACAACUAGCUGUCUUCAGUGCUGCCAGAGCAGUUUUUGUAACUCACAAGGAUGUGGUGCUGCAGCGUUGCCGCCUCGUCAGUCUCGGGGCCCACUAUGUCUGGACUGCGCUCGAGUAAGAGAUCCGGCUGAUUGUGAUCAAAUAGCAUUUUGUCAUUCUGACCAGCUAUGCAGCAUUGAAAAAUUAGAAUGGGGCGAUACCUUCUUGUACCACCUCGGAUGUGCAAGUACGACUCAUUGUUCCCUUGAAUCUAAUAGAAGGGCAUCUGAUGUACAGUUUGAGACGAGGUCUAUACCUGUAUGCCGCAGCUGCUGUCAUGAUGACUUUUGCAACCGGAAUUGUACGACAAAACAAACAGACCCUCAGCAAAUAUUUGUUGGAUAAAAAGAAAAUAUACAUAAUAAACUCUGACAUGUUACCUAUAUAGUACAAUGUCUCGCCAUACUUAUUUAACCAGAAAAUAUCCAUCUGCAAAGUA